GCUGGUGAGGCGGGCUGUCAGCCUUGCGCUUUGUUCCUGUCCCUGCCAACGAUGCCGCGGUGGCACGUCGCCCCUCCUGAUCGAGCGACACAAACACACACAAUACACACAUAAUGAAACAGGAGCCGGCGAUGAUUUCAAUGAGUCUUUCUACCUUCAAAGCUAGCGCAGCUGCACAGCCUUCUGUGAAGGCCGCCGUUUUUUUCUCCUCUGCUGAUGCGAUGCCGCUCAGCUAACCACUGCACACACAACACAACGAUGCAGACACACAGACAGAUGAUCUAUGUCGUUCAUGGCGCUGGUUUGGUCUGCGUCUGCUUUCGUGAAAAUUUUCCAACAAUUCACCUGUCCUCUCUCCUGCAGAGCAUCUGUGAGGCGAAUGGCUCCGUUUUGGCUCUCCUUUUUCCCCCUUUCCCUUGCGAGCUUUGUAAUCAAUGGAUCGCCGAUCGCGAGAAGCAACACCGAGAGUGGAAAUGGCACGCUGGGUUGGGGAAUCGGUGGCUUUGCUACGGGAGUGAGGGAAUCAGCUUCGUCCCUGCCGUAUGGGAAUCUAUCGUUGAUUGGCCCAUCUAUCUGUCUACACAU